CUAAAUUUAACGGAAAUAUAGAAUCUAUUGACUUCACAGUAUAUAGGCAGCAGUGUUCGAGUUGAACCAUAUUUUUUAUUUACCUUUUGAUAGUAAAAUAUAGAUAAUAUCACUAAAUAUUCCUAUCGAAACUGCCGUCAUUUUAUAAUAUUUGAUAAUAAAUUAUAUGUUUUGUAUUGUCGGUGUUGUAAAAUGUCUACAAAAGAUCUCUUAGUGUGUGAUGUUCAAAAAGUUCGUGAAAAAUGGGGAAAAACUGAAGCAGAUGUAAAACGAGACGUAGAAAUACUAAAAGAUUGGCUGAAAAGUCAGAAACAUUUGCCCGAAAUACCAAGUGACAAUAUGAUUGAAUUUAUAUUAACAAAUUGUAAAUAUAGCAUAGAGAGAACUAAACCCCAUUUGGAUAUGUACUAUACUGUACGAACUGUGAUGCCUGAAAUUUUUGAUCAAAACCAUCCUAGUCAGCCUGAUCAUCAAGCCAUUUAUGAACUGAUGGACUACGUAGUUUUGCCGAAAUUGACAAAAUCCUUGUGCAGAGUGACUGUGAUUAAGUUUAAAGAGGGCAGUGCUGACAAAUUAGAUCUUCUUAAUAUGUUAACUUAUGGUACAAAUAUUUAUGAAGUAAGAGUUAACGAAGACCUUGUGAUGGGAGAAGUAUUUAUCAUAGACUGCCAAUAUUUUAAUCUUAGCCAUAUUGUAAAAUUUACCCCAUCUGUUCUGAAGAAGUAUAUGUUAGUAUCAGAAAAAGUAUGGGGGAGUCGUAUGAAAGAAGUUCAUCUCAUCAACUAUCCUAAUUCCAUUGAUACCCUGAUGUCGGUUGCAAAAGGACUCUUACAGAAAAAGUUAUAUGAUAGGAUUUUCUUACACUCCAGUUAUGAUAGUUUAUUAGAAAAAAUCCCUCGAGAUAUGUUGCCAAGUGACUAUGGUGGACAAGAAAAAUCAUUAAAAGAGUUAAUAGAUUUAUGGAAAUUGAAAUUCGAAGAAUAUAAUGAAAGAUUUGACAAAUUAUUGAAACUGAGAGUUGAUGAGAAACUUAGACCUGUAGCAUUGAGCAAUUCGGAAGUGUUAGGUUAUUACGGAAAUUUUAAGAAACUUGAUGUAGACUAAUUUCUGAUUUGUAAAAUUUACCUGUAGUUCAAAUAUACAAUAUUUUUUACUCUA